UCACAGUGAAGUGGGCGGUGCUAAGUACUAGGCGCCAAAUCUUAGUCAGUUUUGCUAACAUGCUACUUCAUAGCUUUCUAAAAAAAAAAAAAAAACUAGCCCAGGAGCUAAAGAGGCGUAUAUAUUUAUAGCCUAUAUAUGUUUGUAAAAUAACCAUGGUGGACAUACUGAAUGUUGUUCUCCAACGUUAUGGUUCACAGCUGCACGAAUCAGGGGAUAUAAAAGUCUCUGUUCAACCUGAGAGCAGCACUUUAGUGGUGGGAGAUGAAAACAUCAACAAGUCGCUGUUAUUCCUUACAGCUAUUACAGCAGCUUCAGAAUUUGGAUUCAGAGUGCUGUUUUUUACACAAAAUCAAAUUCAGAGCCUCCCAGUAACUGCGCAAGAUUCAUUCGCAUCUCUGAAGCCUGACAGUCUGAAGCUAGAGAUGAAUUCCCACUGGUGUCACUGUCAGCAGGUAGUUGAAUACAACACUGUGGAACAUAAAAUCAGGUUUGUGUAUCCCAAGACGUUGGAGGAGUUGCUGGAGGAUGUGGCGUCCCUUCAUGAGCUGGUGCCUGAGACUGCACCGCUUCCUUCUUUGCUAAUCUUAGAUGGAGUUGAGCGAUACUUGUGUGUUAAGGACAGGCCGCAGCAAGAUUGUCAGAGUGCAGCUGCUCACAUUGUAGCCCUCUUGCAUGACACCGCUGCUUUCCUCAAGACCAGACGUGAACAAAGCCAGCAAUUGGCAUGCAGGGUCAUUGUGUCCUAUCAGCCUGAGUGGGAAGGACGAGAAAAUGACACAUUUGCUCCGGAUUCUAUCCUGUCUGUCCUGGAGCGCUACCUGCAGGUGAGGUGCAGCUUAUGUAAAGUCAUAAAUAGCGGAGAAGCACGAAAAGAGUGGCUGCUGUAUCUCUCUGGUCAGGGACUAGUCGAUGGCUACGCUAAUGGAGAGAAAAGUUUGCAGUGGCGUGUGGUGAUGCAGCAUAAUGGCACACUGGAGUUCAGGCCAGAAAGUGACCUAAGAGAGGAGACCUCACAGUUAAAAAACUCUGACUGUAAGGAUGAAAAGUGACUAGUUACAUUACACUAGUUUAUUAAAUUUUAAUUUUGAAAAAGACAUUUGUGCUGCACACUCAGACACAGGGUACCAAAUAAAUCCUUGUAAUGUGGAAAAAUAAAGUAUGGAUUUUCAUAGUUUUACUAAUGAACCAAAUUAAAUUGUGCCAAGAUAAAGAUGUCAAUUAAUUAGGAUACAUCUGGUUGUUUAGAAAACACAGACUAUGCCAGGGUGACAGCAUGAUGUGAUAAUUUAUGUUACUGUGUAUGUGUGUGUCAUUCUGGGAGAAAUGGAUAUAUGUACUUAAACUUUAAGAUCGUAAAAUUGUAAAUUGUUUAAAAAAAUUAUUUGGUAAAUGGAUAUGUUUUUAUGAAGUACUUAAAUGUAAAAUAAGAACUUAUUUUACAAAAUACAUUUUUUAAAUAUGAAACACUACUGUAUUUGUGGUUUACAUACAAUGGAUAUCAAAUUUCUACACCCCUCUGUUAAAAUUGCUGUGUUUUGUUAAUAAAAAAAAUAAAGCAGGAUCAAUGCAUGUAA